GCGGGAACUGUGCGUAGUGCGGCCGCCCGCGAUGGCGGCUUCCAGGGGGGCAAGUACUAUUGGAGGUGGCAGAGAGGAAGGUAACAGGAGAGAGCCAGGAGGAACAAAGGUCCUCGUCCCUGGAGCUGCGAGUCUGGGCGUGACGGCCGUCCCAAAAGGCGGAGCCCAGGUUGGCUAGCUGCCCGGAUGGGAGGGGGCCUCGAGAGUGUGGUCAGCCAGGGUCUCCCUGUGUAGCCAGGCUGGCCUCCAAAUCCCAGGAAUCUUUCUGCCACACCUUCCCAGUGCUACGGGCAAGCGCUACCACACCCUGCAAAACUGCUUUCUUUGUAAUUGAAAGAACUUUGGCAAGAGGACCAUACCCUGGGAAGGGUGCUUUAGCUUAUCUAUCAGGAGUGCUACAAGGGUGUUUACUGAAAAGAAUGAAUCAUCCUGGGUUGUGACUAGAAUCCAUAUGUGUCUGUGUAACCUUAAUGAGACUACAGUUGCUGCUGCUUAAUUUAGCGGUCUGGAUUCACAAACAGCAAAAGCCUCUAACACCAAGAGAAAAUCCUGCUGAGUUGCCCAGAUUGGACUUCAAUUUGUGAUCCUGCUGCCUCAACCUCACACAGCCACCAUGCCCACUCUUCAUCACCUUUUAUGAUCUAACCUCAGAACACACGUCGUUUCUAUCAUGUCCUGUGGUCAAAGCAGUGACAAGCCUGCCCAAAUUCAAGGGAGAAGAAUUUGACUCCACCUUUUGAUAGUUUUCAUCCUUUUCUUCUGUAAGCUGUCACCAUGACCUUGACAAAAGGGUCCUUCACCUACUCCAGUGGGGAGGAGUAUCGUGGCGAGUGGAAGGAGGGCCGCAGACAUGGUUUUGGUCAACUGAUGUUUGCAGAUGGUGGCACCUACCUGGGUCAUUUUGAGAAUGGGCUUUUUAAUGGCUUUGGGGUAUUGACCUUCUCAGAUGGCUCAAGGUAUGAGGGGGAGUUUGCCCAGGGCAAAUUUAAUGGCGUUGGAGUCUUCAUUCGACACGACAGCAUGACCUUUGAGGGGGAAUUUAAAAAUGGCAGAGUAGAUGGUUUUGGCCUGCUCACUUUCCCUGAUGGUUCUCACGGAAUACCACGUAACGAAGGUCUCUUUGAGAAUAACAAGCUGCUGCGGCGUGAGAAGUGCUCUGCAGUGGUCCAGCGGGCCCAGAGUGCUUCCAAGUCAGCCCGAAAUCUCACUGCCUGACGGGGCGUUGGGUUUAGCCGGAAAAGUGUCAGGUAAAUCCAGUGCUCCCAUUGCUCACUUAAAGUGAACAAAUGAACCAGAUCUGAGGUGAAACGAGAAGAGAAUAACUGCAGAGCAAAGCCUGAGAGGUGCUCCUUCACCUGCCCAUCAAGAGUCUGAUCCCAGAGAAGUGCUGAGGACUUGGACCCAAAGACCUUGCAGCAGUUGGUAGCAGUUCUGUCAUUCCUUGAUCUUCAUGUGUAGAGGACAGAGGAGCCACCGUACUUAUUUGUUGGUUCUCCCUAUUCCUGAAACUUCAGCUUCUUCAGUGUAGACUUGCUGCAGCCUUCACUCCAUUUGCUGCCAAGUAAAUAAGAAUCUCUUCAUUUGCCUCCCUUUGGGGCAGCUGAUCCCAGCCCCAAGGUAAGGCUAGUACCCUGUGCUGUCCUGGAGAAAUAAAAUGGGGUGGUGUAGACCAUACAGGAGCCCUGUGAAAGGCAAGGUGAGAGCUUUCUUUACAUUUCUUUACACCACUGUUCACAGCAGUGGAAUCCUGGCUCCAGGCUUUCACUUUGGUCAGACUGUCCUUCAUCUGUUUAUUUGCCCUGUGCAGGAUUGGGUGCUAUUUUCUUCCCCCUGGGCUGUACAAGCCAUCUUCCUUACCUGAGUUAUGGCAAACAAUCCAAUCUUCCUUUCUGCUGUUUGUGCUUCUCCCCUUUCUUACACAUCAGAUAGGAUCCCUCUAUGGGAUAGUCAAGGAGCAAGAGGCAAACUUGUCCAAACCACUUGAGGCCCUCCCAUGGGUACCUGAAUUCCACAGAAGACGAUGCCAGCACAGUUUAUUCCCAGAGGCUCAGUACCCAGCCUCUUGGUUUAGGUAGUCUUGGACUCAUCGUAGGGCUACAGCGAACUAAAGGAGGAUUGGCUGCUCACAAUUGGUUCAUGGUGACUCUUCCACCAAAAGCCGUGGCCCUCGGGCCUGGGUCAGAUCUUGGCAGGUAGAAUCCUUGCACAGUUCAUCAGGAGGUGUCUAGUUACUGUGGAACGCAGACAUUCCCCUCAGCCCCCAUCCUCAUACCAAAUCUCCCUCAGCAGCAGACUAUGUGGAAAUUAUAGCCGUGUGCCUCUGUUUAUUCUUUGAUGUGUACUGUAGAAACAAAUGUUUAUAAGAAUAAACAAAUCACCUGAACUACCUGCUCAUA